AUGAACAUCGAUUCAUUCGAGCAACUUACAACCCGAACCGGAUGUUUGCGAUUAAGAAGACCUGGAUCAAUUCCGGCUUUAACAAUCUUCGUCGUUUGCGCGCCGACGUCAAGCUAUGACGAAGAAGAAGUCGAAGCAUUCUAUAUGGACUUGGAGAAAUUCUACAGAGAAGACCACACAUUCUUCAAAGUCAUCACUGGAGGUUUCAACACCAAGGUUGGACCAAGAACAACGUCUGAAGUCACACUGGAACCCACAUAUUAG